AUGGUUUGAUGAAAUAGUCAGCAUUAUAUAGCCAAAUUACUGCUAGCUAUUACGCUGUUAAUCAUUAAUAAUAGAUCAUGACUAUUUAUAAACAACUACAACAUGAAAUAAUCUUUCUCACGUAAAGUCGCAAAAGCGUUUGGAGCUUUAGAUAGGCUCACUGGUCGUGUUACACAACGAACAGCACACUCAGGUCUAUCGCAUCAAAGAACUUAUUGCCAGUCUAUACCUUAAUGUUACGUACAUUUCCAGCUGUCGUUAAUCGUUCUAUUUCUCUUCAACUAACAAAUUCAAUCAGUAGUGUAGAAUCUACUGAUAUUAAAAAGUGCAUCCCAGAGCUGGGUUAAAUACUUUCUGUUGCUUUUACAGUUACCAGAAUGUUACCACUUUCCCUCUUGAAGACUGCUGUUAACCAUCCUAUGCUAGUGGAGUUGAAGAAUGGAGAGACAUACAAUGGACAUCUUGUCAGUUGCGACAAUUGGAUGAACAUUAAUCUAAGAGAAGUUAUCUGCACUUCACGAGAUGGCGACAGAUUUUGGAAAAUGCCGGAAUGUUACAUCCGUGGCACGACCAUCAAGUAUUUGCGAAUUCCCGAUGAGGUCAUAGACAUGGUGAAAGAAGAGGUGUUGUCUAAAGGAAGGGGCCGUGGUGAUGCUAAAGGACGUGGUGGUGGCCGUGGUGGUGGCAGAGGAGGCCCCGGUGGCAGAGGUGCGUUUGGAGGCCGCGGGGGAGGAAGAGGAGGAGGCCCAGGACGAGGAGGGCCACAGCAAGGAAGAGGUGGAAUGGGUGGUCCCAGACGAGGAAAUUCGAAAUGACCUGUACAGUUUGAAACUCCCUCCCCCUAAAAUAGUAGGUACACGUAUGUUUGUAUGUAUGUUAGCAAGUAUGUUCCUACAAAGCACUAAAUUAAUGACUGAGAAAAAUAAAGUCUGACUAGCAUUGUACUUUGUUGUGAAUGAUUAAGUUUGUUUGACAACUAACGUAUGAAUGUCAAAAAAAUGCGUGAAAUUUUUCUAAUAUGUGUAUGGUCGUGAUUCAUCUUUUUAAACCCCAUUCAUGUAUUGAUCUUAAUUGCAUACCUUUGUAUCAUGUGAUUGGUGAUAAUAUCAUAAUUGGUGUUUUUUAUUCUGUUCGAGAAAGUGAAAAAAGGGGACAAACCCUCACAGUAUAAAUUGCUUAAAUUUAUUAUCAUUAGGCCCUUUAUAAAUAGUGACUAAUAUCUUUUCCAUUCAAGAUGUGAUCUUGUUGAUCAAAUGCCAUAUUUCACCAAUUUAGAAUUCAAACGUAUUCCUUUAAUGUCAUUUAUAUAUAAGCUGUGCUUUGAAAAUAUGAGAACAACUUUAGCUGUAUAUAUGCAUUUUGUAAAAUAAACAUGCAGUUUUGUAUUAAAAAAAACACAGGAAA